AUGUGCUUCAGCCAUCGGUUGACCUGCCAGAAGUUACAGCAGAAGGCUCUGCAGCAACCUAAGCAGAAGAAAUCCAAGUCGGCUGAAUUUCUGAUGGGUGAAGAAGAGCGAACUGCUGCAGUGGGCAUAGAAAAUCCAGCUUUCAGUGGAGGAGGAAGCGCCGAGCUUUCCGUUUCUCCGAGUUGGCUGGGGAGAAAAAUGCGAGGUGACAGGCCAGAUAGCACCCUUGCAGCUCACCAAAAAAAAUCGGAGCUGCAAGCCCCUGCCAAGGAAAGAGGAAAUCAACGUGCCCGAAAUUACUUUGACCCACCAUCGGCGGAGCAGACAGACCCAAGGCAAUGCGCGGUGGCUGGGGUCAGCGGCGAAGAUGAGCUGGAAUUAACUAUGAUGAAAGCAGAUGAAAGCAGACUGUAUGAAAGGAUGGCGGCAUUGUUGGAUGAUGAUGACACGUUUAUAGACCUACCCGGUACGCUUCAAGCCUCCAGAGAUGAGGAGGUGUUGGAGGUGAAGGCAGGUGAUCUGGUGCUUCAGCGGCAACGGCAGCUUCACAGUGGUGGAGGUGCCUGGGGCACCAGGCCCUCCCAGGCCAGCGCCAUCGCCAAAGCCCAGGCUGAGGGUAGCGUUUGGCUGGGAGGAGAGACUGGACUCCAAGCGGGGAGGAUGGUAACGGGCAGAGAGCGCGCUGUAAAAACGAGGCCGGCUGAGGAAGCGAUCCCCUGCUACACCCAGCAGCUGAGGGAACGCAUGCAGCCUGACAUGAUCACGCUUGGCAGCCUUUCACUGCAGCAGCAGCCGGCUCAGAAGGGAACCCAGAAGAGGAGUGAGUGGGCAAGCAGGAAAAAACGACUAAUGGCCGUCUUCAGUGGCAACGCCGAGGAUCAACAUUCUCAAAUAAUCUCCAGCGAGUCAACGAGACCAGUACCCAGGGUAAACACGCUGUUUCAGGGCAAAAACAUAGAAGAACCGUUACCCAGAAUGCUCGGGGAAGGCCGGGAAGCAGCAACGGCCGGAUUAAAACCGAUGACCGAGCUCCCAGGAUGCUCAGCGCUGUGGCCAUCGUGGAAAGAGAACCAGAGAAGUGUUCCCCAGCCAGUGGAGGUGCUCGUGUGCUGCCUGAGAUCCACAAGAGACAAGCUUCCCAGGGGUCUCUACUCUGUCAGUGUGGCCCUUCACCGGCCCCUGGGGGGCCCAGCUCUGGCCUUGUGGAGUGAGAGAGGCCAGCAAAUCUGGGCAGUGUCCACCGAGCCGACGGAGCACCGGGGCCGCUUCUACGACACGGACCUGCACUUUAACCAGAACCUGUUCAUGAACUUACCUGCUGCAUGUGACAUCAACCCCUCCAUGGUCUUAGUGUUCCAGCUCAUCAGCCAACACCACAGCCAUCUCAGCUCUGCAGUAGCCUGGGGAGUAUUUCCUCUUUGUGGGUCGAACCUAAACCUGGUCCACGGCAGGUUCAAAACUCCACUGCUCAGAGGGGAGCCCAGCGCACGGCUGGGCCAGUUCAAGAAAAUAGAAGCGCUUAUCUCCUCUGAUCUAGACCACUGGCUGUGCAACCUGUAUUUUCAGAUAAAAAGGCUCCCUUGUGGAACAUCUGGAGAACCAGGGCUCUUUGUUGCACCAUCUACUUCCUCCAGUAACUCCCCCGUCAUGUCCAAACCAGAGGUUCAUUAUGAUCGAUCCUUCAUCCAGAUGCCACACCAACCACAACCCUCGUCACACUCUCGCCACCUUUGCUCGGGCCCGAGCUGCAGAGCAGGAGAGCCCACUGCGGCGCCUUCUCACCAGGGUUCGCCUCUCCGCCUGUCAGCUGAUUCUGCUUGCUCUUCUUCAUCUCUGCCAGGGAAACACGAGUCCCCAGAAGCCUUUUCAGAAAACCCCGGAGAGAACCCUCUCAGGGAGAAAGCUGAAGAUGGCGUUCAGUUCAAGAAGAAGCCAAUCAAGAAGACAAAUAGCUGUGGCCCCAGCGCGAGCGGCAGAGGUGCAGCGCCUCUGCAGGAGCGCAAACAGAAGAUGCAGGAAAAGCUCUCUGCGGAGGAGAUGGAGGGGUUUACGUUCUUUUUACAAUCAUCAACCGGACUUGGUUCCUGUCCUCCGCGACUGUCCGACCGAGCCCGCCUGGCCCUCAGCAUGCUACCGUCCGAGCUGGGCCUGCUGUUGCUGCGGCAACAACAUCAACUUCACACUAGCUGGCACGACUCAGCUCUGCAGCUCGGCCUCAUUAUGCUGCUGCUGGCUUUGAUGUGGUUUGUGAGGCUUUACCUGCAUUACUGCAGCCAGUGGCUGUACCUCCAGGCCAUUGCAGUUCCUGUCAACAAAUUCCAGCUCCACGCUCACACCGUGGAGCUCAUCUACCAGAGCUCGUUGCUCCACACCCGAGAGGAGCUGGCGAUGGUGGUGGUGGGUCCCCUGACCUUGAACGCUGUAACGUUCCUGCUGGUUCUGAUCAGAUGGGGCUGUCAACUGAUAUUUGGCUCACUCCCUUCCUUCACAUCAAAUUGUAUCAUGGCUCAGGGAGUGUGGACAGUCCUCGACCCCCUGGCAGUCUUCACUGUGGAUGCCGUCCUCGGGCGUCUCGCCUACAGCCCCGACACACCAGUAGGAGAUGCAGCCAAGCUUUACUGGCACUUCUAUCGCGCUGACCGGUCAGGUGCUGCCGGAGUCAUCAUCACUCUGUUCCUCUACACAGUCCACUUCCUGCUUUCCAUCACUAUUCUAGCUAUUUACCUGCUCAGGUUCCACAACGACGGCCGCAUGUUGGACACCUUUCAGCGGCUCACAGCCAAGGAGGGCAUGUACUUCCUGCCUCAUGAUCUGGAGCUGUCGAAUCAGGAGCUCAGCUACAUCGUCAAGAAGGCCGAGCAGUGGAGAGGCUUCAAUGGGGAGAGGCGGAAGGUUGCUGUUUAUGACCACAUCUGGACAGCAGAGGACCCCCUACUGAGCUCUGGAGCACCCUCUGAUGGGGAGGGUGCGCCCCCACCUGAGGGUGAGACCAGCACCCAUGUCAUAAUCUACACCCUGUACCCGAGUGGGAUCAAACAAAGAUACAGGCACUUCCUCCGCCAACCCGAUGGAGCCAUCACUGAGGUGAUUGGUGAAACAGAAGGAACUACUGCGACAGAGGACAUGGCCGGACUAGGUCAGAGCUCCGCCAAUCAGACGGAGGACAAGGACGGUGCAAGCGCUUCCCUCCAGCUACGGAAAAGAAAGAAACGGUUUGGUCGAACUCAUCGCAUCGAGCCCGUUGCAGGAAGUGGGUGUGGCUCUAGUUUUGCACCAGACCAAUGACAUUGAAGACCAAUAAGAUUGUUUUAAAUGUACUAUGCAACUAUACCGUAGUAUUACUACUGAACAGAGAAACAAACCUGUGUGUGUGCAUCAGUGCAUAUUCAUUUCAAAGCUGAGGUUUGAAGAAUCAGACCCAACAUGGUUUUACUGUAAUGUUUGGUUCUUGUGACCACAUGCUGGUGAACAUGACCAGUGCAGGUGAAUGUGCAUGCCGUUUGUGUCUGCAUAAAGUCAAUAAACACUUUUACAACUCUCGAAUGAUUGCAGGUUGUCAGACGUCCGGCACCGCCUCAACAUAAUGAAAUAUGAAGAUUAUUUAAAGAGCAAGUCACCCCCAAAUCAACUUUUUUUUCUGAUAAACUACAUAAUUGUGUGUUUAAUCGUGCUGCAGUCAAUAGUUUUACA